AUGCAUAUAAACAUAUUCAUACUAUUUUAAUUAAACUUUCUAAAAAAACUUUAAAAAUUAAAUAUAUUUACAAAUAGGAAUAUGAAUAAAAUAAUAGUAUUUUGUUUAGUAUUAGCAAUAGUAUCUGUAUCAGGUAGAUAAUGGUUUCAUGAUGUUAAGGCUACUUCAUUGAAUCCUGAAUUAUUUGAUUAACUUGUUGGAAAAGAUAAUCAUUAUUUUGUAGAAUUCUUUACUCCUUGGUGCGGUUAUUGUUAAUAAAUGGCUGGUGAAUGGAACAAACUGUUUAGCCAUUAUGAGGAAACCUAAGAAACUCGUAAAGAUGUGAAAAUAGCUAAAAUAAAUUGCGAUGAUCAUUAAAGACUUUGUAUUGCUAAUGAUGUUAGACAAUAUCCCACUGUUUUACUCUAUAAAGCAGGAAAUAAGAGACCAACUCAUUAGUAUUAAGGAUGGAGAAAAUUUGAAGAUUUUAGAGAUUUUAUUGAAACACAUGCUCCUAAGCCAGUUUAGGAAAACCCAUAGGAAGCAAAUGAUGAUUAAGCAAAAGCUCAAUAAUUAAAUGAAGAAGAAUAAAAGUUAAAAGAAUAGGAAGAAUUGAUUAGACAACAUGAAGAAGCAAUUGAAAGAUAGCACAGAGAAUAGCUUUUGUUACUACAAAGAUAAGAAGAAGAAGACAGAUUAAGAAGAUAAUAAGAAGAACGAAUUAGGUUAGAAGCUGAGCAAAAAUUAAGAGAGAUUGAAGAAGAAAGAAUUAGAAAAUUACAAGAAGAAUAAAACAGAAUUAAUGCUUAGAGUAAUCAAUAAGAAUAAGCUUAAAAUUAAAAUUAGAAUAAUUAGGCUAACGAUUCAGCUAUUAUGAACUAAAUUAAUCAAGUUUUAUAAUAAACUAGAAGCAUUUAGCAUUAAAUUCAGCAAGUGCCUUAAAUCCAAUCACUAGUCCAUUAACUCAAAGUUAACUUGGAUUAUACAAUUUAAAAAGUUGAUAUAGUCGAAUAAUAUCUCAAGCAUUAAAAAGAAGUUGCAUAAUCUCUUCACUCUGAAAUCUAAAAAUUACAAGCAGAAGUAAAGUCUCUAAAGUCAGGCUCUCAAGAUAAGGAAAACGAAGGACAAUAAUAGUAACAACAAAACUAGCAAUAAGUUAAGCCAGACUAACAAAAAAAGCCUAACAAAAAUGCAUUACCAGUUGAAAAAUCAUUUAACAUUAUGCAUUCAAUAAUUUUUAUAGCCGUAGGUGUCUGCAUUGGCUACAUUUUCUUCAAAUUCUUUUCAAGAUAAAAAUCUCCAGCUUCAUUACUCAUCUCACAUGAUUAAUUAGGAAAAAGUAAUUGA